UAGUGAAUUAGUAAAGAGAGUUGAGUUGAGUUGUAUUGAGUGUGCCAACUUAACUACGACAUAAAUACAACUUGGUCUCUCUUUUUCAUCCAGCCAGCUGCAGAUGCAAAUGCAAAUCCUCUCAAACUCAAACACCCUUUUUACUAUGCCCACCUUCCAUUCCUCUCCUUUUCUCUCACCAUCCUCUCCGCUUUGAUUUCAUCUCCCAAAUUAUGCAAAAUUAACCGCGUUUUUUUUCCCCUUCUUCUUUCUUUCCUCUCAUCCUUUCUCCAUCUAUCACCACACUCGAUGACCGAUAUUAAGGCUAAUAGAAGUGUUAAAAUCACAGCAAAAGAGCAGGGAGAAAAAUGAAGGAAAUGAAUUUCUCAUGAUACUUUCAAGCCUAAUGUAAGCAAACAAGUUGAGUAGUUGGUGAGGAAAGAAGUGUGCUUUGUGCAUUGCCAGAUGUGAGACAAAUUUGCUUCAGAAAAGGUCUUCUAUAUGGAUUUUCGCGAGUAUUUUCUAUACCAUUGAAAACACUGCGUGGAGCCAGUCGGUCAUUGAGGGUAGAUCAGUUUUGCAGUGUAGUGAAUAUUUCCUCCUCGUUAAUGAUUGAAUUGGUUCCGUGCCUAAGAGACAAUUAUGCAUAUAUUUUAUAUGAUGUGGAUACAGGGACCGUCGGUGUUGUUGAUCCUUCUGAAGCUGCGCCAGUCAUAGAUGCUUUGACCAAGAAAAAUCUAAAUUUAACUUACAUACUGAAUACACACCACCAUCACGAUCACACUAAUGGAAACACAGAGUUGAAAGAAAGGUACGGGGCAAAGGUAAUUGGAUCUGAUGUAGACAAGGAAAGAAUUCCUGGUAUUGAUAUCUAUUUGAGUGAUGGUGAUAAGUGGAUGUUUGCUGGUCAUGAGGUGCAAAUAAUGGCCACUCCUGGUGUCACUCAAGGCCAUAUAAGCUUCUACUUUCCAGGAUCUGCGGCAAUUUUUACAGGAGACACCCUGUUCAGCUUAUCUUGUGGCAAGAUCUAUGAAGGAACACCGGAACAGAUGUUGUCUUCUCUCAAAAAGAUCACGUCGUUGUCAGAUGAUACAAGUAUAUAUUGCGGUCAUGAAUAUACAUUGGAUAAUUCAAAGUUUGCAUUGUCCAUAGAUCCUCAAAACAAGGAACUUCAAUCCUAUGCUUCACAUGUAGCUCAGCUUAGAAAUAAAGGCUUGCCCACGGUUCCAACUACACUGAAGAUGGAAAAGGCUUGCAAUCCAUUCCUUCGCACCUGGAGCAUGGAAAUCCGGCGAAAACUAAAAGUUGCAGCCUCAGCGGAUGACGCUGAAGCCCUGGGUGUCAUUCGACAAGCAGAGGAUAAUUUUUAGAAUUUUUUCAAUAUAAAUUUUCAUGAAUAUAGAUAUGUAUUGUGUAUAGAUUAGGCUAUUGAAUCCAUCGACAAUUACAUGUUGGUGUCUUAAUAUAAUUUUUCAA